AUGGAAAAUAAAUUGGAGACGGACAGCCUUGAAAUGCGUCUUCGGGCGCUGGAGAGCCAAAUAUACGGCGAGAGAAGAAACAAAAGUGGAAAACCUGUUAAGUGUGCAGAGUCUCUGGCCAGAAUUCAAGCAGGUCUGACAAAUACAGCCAAUAAGAGAGAGAGAGUGAAGAUACUGCACAAGAAAAUUGAGGACUUGAUGAAGUACUUGGAUCCCCAGUUCACUGACCACAUUACUGUGCCAGAUGCUAUGAAACUGGAGUUCAUCCUUGCUGAGGAAGACUUCUUGCUCUCUCAAGCUGCUUUGCUUGAGCAGGUCAACAGCAUGCAGCCACUGUUGGACAGCACCUAUAUCAGAGAUGUACCUGAACACGCUACCAAGCUGCAGCGUCUGUCACAGAUUCACAUCAAAGAGCAGGAUCAAACUGAGGCUCAGUCACUCGAAGUGAAGAAGCUAUUUGAGGAAUACAACAAAAUGAUGUUCCUUUUGUCCAAGCAGUUCACUCAGUGGGAUGAGACGCUGAGAAAGAUGGAGGAGGCCAAAGGCAUACGGCCUGUGGAGUAG